AGAAAGAGGGGGUGUUUUGAAGGACACUUCUCUAGAAAGGGUUUCUUUUCUGCCGGAUUGCGGGCACGUUAGCGGCAUGCGCUCACUUUUGUCCUUGCGCGUACAGUUGCUCCAGAGGAGUGGUUGGCAGCCACAAAUAGUGUAGGUUGAGAGCGUCUGCUGCUGAGGGACGGUUUACGCGCACUCAGCUGCGACCUGCAGGCCUGGCGAUGGCUGCACCUGCGCUGACGUCAUGCCGACCUCAGCACGUUACGCAGCCUGCACGCCAUGGCACAGGGCCCCUUGCAGAGGCAGCUGUUUGGAAGGCGUGCUAUCUGAAUGCUCGGUCGUCGAACCACUGGGGAACCAGACUAGGAGUGACGGGGUUGUCAGAAUUGACUGAAUCUAGUAAAGUGCACAACCGGGGGGUUUGUACGUUAACUGGGACCCACUCCAAGCACAAGCAGUCGGCAGCGUGUUGCUCUGACUGGCCAGCUUUCAAGGCCAGCGGGGUUUCCUAUCCAGGGGUCCAUGGUCCCCCCUGGAGCGCACUGCGCGGCGCAUCGACUUUCAGCACCGCUGGAGUCAAUAAAGGCAGAAGGCGGGAGGGGGGGUUUGCAAAAGUGGGCCGCUCUGUCGUAGCGAGUGAGGUGGAAACCCGCAGUCCCUCACGUGCGGCUAGGGUGCCCCGAGCGAAAUUGAAACGGGACUUGACGAACCCCACCAGCGAGGACCCUGCCUCUAAAGGAAACGGUCUUCCGCAGGCGUCAAGUUUGAGGGGUGAGCGUGUGGGGCAGUCUCCAUUGGAACAACGGCGGAGAGUUGAUAGGAAAGAGGAGGCGGGGGCUCCAGUAGGUGAACCGAAAGCUCAACGAGUGCGGAGCACGGCAGGGCAAGGGGUGUCCGGAGCAGGCGGUGGGCGUGAGGGGGGGUCGGGGUUGCCUGGGAAUCAUCGGCGGGGGAACUCGACUGCAAACAGCCCCCACGAGUCUCGGCAAAAUGGUGUCGACGAGAGGUUUAAGAGCGACGGGGCUGCUGAAGGAAGUGACGGGAAAAUUGGGUCAGCCGAGUAUGGAGUACGUCGGUCGGAUGCUGAGGCGGGGGAGGACGGUUCAGAAAUCGGGUUAGCCAAAUCGCGUGGGGUUGUGGAGCGGAACCCAGAGGUUAGGGAGCGGCUGCAGAUGCUGCGGAGUAAGUAUUUGAAGUCUGCGCCGGCUGGUAGGGGUGACGAUCUGAGUGGGGUUAGAGACCAGAACGGGGUUAGUGGUCAACCUGGGGUCAGCGGCCAGAACGGAGUCAGCAUUCAGAGCGGGGUUACCGGCCAAAACAGGGUUAGCGGCGGGGUUGCGAAAGGUCGAGGGGCUGUGCUGCUGGAGGUAUUGAGGCGAAACAGGGAGGAAGCUGCACGGCGAGACGCAGUCGGGGGGCCGGGAGAUGGGGUGCCCGAGGGGGAGAUGGGUGAGAAUACAGCGAUAGUUCAAGCACGGCGAGAGCAGAAUAGGGGAAACGAUUGGCAGGAUUCAAUAAGGAGGGGCGCAGACCUAGGGAAAGCUAGAACGGAUGCAACGAACGGGAGAGGCGAUACCGCUGGUGAGUCAGCCGAAAGGGGCGCAAGGAGCGAGGGUCUCGCACGGAAGAAUGUCAGAACAGCGACACCAGAACUCGGGAGCCUAGGGGGCACUGAGACUAGAGUCAAAGCGCGCACGUCGAAUCAGGGGGCGCCAAAUUUGUCAAGGUGGACGCAAGAGAAUGGGAAAGCACACGUCGGUUUUGCGGGACCCGAUCGGGAAUGGGGGGCUUCCGAGAGCAGGCAGAGUACCCCCCGGAAAAAGGAGCAGGGGCCCCGUUUGGGGCCUAUGGAAAGGGGCUGGGAGGUUUCGAGGCCGAAGUCUCGGGGGAGCGCUGACGUCAGACUCACCGGUGCAAGCUCUGCGAGGGUGAAAGAAGAGGGCGAUCAGGAAAGAAGGGCACGAAGCAGGGAAGAAGGGAGGCCGGUCGCCGUGACGCAACCGCCUUCCAGCGUGAGGGACUCGAGAGCAGUACCUGGGGCAAAGCGUGCUGACGUCACCGUAACGUCAGCAUCCGUAACUGCCUCUCCGAGGGACAAAGUUGGCUCGGACGUCAGCACGACGUCAGCAUCCGGAGCAGCCCCCCGAAGCAGAAGCAUCGGUGGCCCGGGGGUAACGACCGGACGAGCAGUUGGAGGGGGAAGGGGCGGGGGAUCCCUGGCGAAAUCAGUCAGGGCCAGUAGGGGGGAAGGUGAUGUCAGCAUGACGUCAUCUGCCGCUGGAAAGAGCGGAGAUCCCGUGGAUGACGCCUUGGAAAUGGCGCGUCGUAUGUUUGGCCGAGUGAAGGGGAGCGAGGUUGGGAGAGGGUUAGGCCAACCAGGGACUGGGUUAACGAAGAAGAGCGAGGGCAAGACCACAACUGUCGAUGUUGAUCGGAGAUCUGUAAGAGGUGGGAAGGAGGGAAGCGUGUUGCGGGGGCGUAGUGUUGCAGCGGAGGAAGGUGCGAACCAGGUGAAGCAGGGGUCAGAGGGUCAGGAUGGGAAGUCCGGGGAUUGGCAGAGGACCGAAUGGCGCGCAGGGCCUCGGAAAGGUGGUGUGAAUGCGGCCGCGGAAGAGGGGAGGAACUACGAAGACGACUCUGACGAGGGCCUAUUCGCACCGGAGGAGGAAGACGAGGAGUUGGACGUUGACGAUGGUGGAGAAGAAAGAGAACUGUCCGCUGAGGAGUUGGCGGAAGAGAACGCGGAGCGGGCGCAGUUCACUGCAGAGGAACUAGAGUCGGGGAGAGAGUUGGAAUAUUCGGGGCUGCCGAUAAGCCUGGGAGCGGAGGCGGAAGAAGCGCUGGCGGCGCAGUUUGGGGUGGAGGGUUUAAGCGGGUCAGAAGCCGGGUUAGGAGAGGGUUUGGACGGGGUAGAGGAGGGUUUGAACGGGCCAGGGGAGAGUUCCGAAGGUUUCGCAGAGGAUUUUCGAGAAAGAGAUACGGAGGAGGGGGCUGAGGAGUGGGAAACAGAUGAAGAAAGUGCAGGGGGAGCGGACACGGAGUCUGGCACGAACGAAGGGGACGAACAGACGGGGGCUCCGCUGGGGAAGCGCUCGAAGGUUCUGGCGAUGCUAGAAGAAGUUUGGGGUGCGGAUGACGAGGGAGGGGAGGAAACAGGUGACAAAGCGGUGCGUUUCGAAACCAGGGGGCCGCAAAAGCCGGCGAUCAGGGUGAGGGUUUUGGCUGAGGAAGAGAACGUCUCUUUGGAGAGCUUGACGCCACUCGAGCGGGCCCGGAUUCUUUUCCGGGGGGGCAAGCCCACACUGGGGGAGAGCAGGGAGAGUCCCCCCGGAGAGGAAGAGGACGGAGCAGAAAGGGCCCCGGCCCGAGUGACGUCACCAAAGUGGAGGCAGCCGUCAGCCGAGGCGGAGAGGGAUCCCCCGCGGGUGUUGGAGUCGUCGAGGCGAAAGGUGACGACGUCGAGCGCGCAACGGAAGCGGCUUGGGCAGAAAGUGAAGAAGGUCGAGCCGCUCACGACGCGGGCGCAGGUUAUCGAGCGGGUUAAGCAGCUGGCGCGCGACACCCUGCACGAGUUCCUGCAAAUGCGGUUAGCGGACCGGUUACGGGUUGACUAUAUCGUUAACCACUGCCCGAAGUUCCUGGCGCGUCAGGUGCUCUUGCCGCUCGCCCAGAGCCAGAAUCGGUCCACCCCGCCGGAGAAGCAGCUGCGCGCCCUGGUUUUCGGGUUAAGCGGAACCCAGUUGGUAACCGCGUAUGAGGAGGCUCUCGAGAUCACCGACGAGCAGAAGGGGUUAGCGAAACGGGUUUUGGCGAGCCACCUGCACGUGCACCGGUACAUGGAGAAGGGGAUGGCGGAGAACAUCGCGGAGAAUUGUCCGAUCUUUCUCGUGGAGGGGGUAAUCGUUCCCGCAUCGACGAUACCCUUCGAGGCCCUCAGUGUCGUGCAGCGCUUCCACCUGAAGAUGCGCUGGCGCCGGAAACAGCGCCGCCCCAUCCCCCGCUCCAAAAAUGGCGACCCGGUGCGCGACGCCGAACUCGCGAUGACGUACGUCCUCUGCAACACGAAGCGCAAGAAGCUGACGUGGGCCUUCUUCGAGGCGCUGGGGAUGCCCGAGGCUGACGUCAUCCGUGCGCGCAACAAGAUGCGGCCGGGGGUCUCGCUGACGAACCUCGCGCGCGUGGUGACGUGGCUGCGGACGGAGCUGGAGCUGACGUCAGCGGACCUGCAGGCGGUCAUCCGGCAGAGCCCGCUGCUCAUGGCGCACAGCGUGGAGUCGCUCGAGGCGCGGAAGGCGUUCUUCCUGCGGAAGCGGAUCGGCGUCAGCGAGAAGACGCAACGGGAGUGGCUGCUGAAGUACCCGCGGAUGUUUACGCGCCCGGUGGAGUCGUCGCUCAUUCCGCUGGUCUACGGACUGAUCGACGAGUUCGGGAUCGGCGAUGCUCCGGAGCUGCUGAGAAAGUACCCGCGCGUGUUCGCGAACAACACGUGGGCGCAGCUCCAGAUCAAGGUCGGGGGCCUGAUCGACGUCGGCUGCACGCCCGCUGACGUCAGCCGGCUGUUCGCGGCGGCCGACAACGGGGUGAGCCAGGACGUGCUGUGCAACGGGCUCGACCGGCGGAUUCCGCCGCUGGCGAAGCUGCUGCGGAAGAACGGGUUAACGGAACGGGAGGUCGCUAACGUGGUGGUCAGCGAGGUGCCGCUCUUGGCCGUCGAUCUGAAGGAGAUCGAACGGCGGCUGCACUUUCUGCUGCGGGACAUGGAGCGGAGUCCGCGAGAGAUCGGGGCGUUCCCGGCGUGUCUAAAGUACCCCGUAGAAGCGAGGCUACAGCGGUUGGGUUACGUGAGCCGGUACGGGUUUGGGGAGGGGUUAGGGUUGGCGGAACUGCUGAACCCGGACGAUCGGGAGUGGCAGGAGAUGAAGAAAGCGUGGCGGGGGGUGGGGCAACACCCGGCGAGCGUCCCCUCGAAAAAGAACGACGCCGAUCGGGCGGAGGAGCUUUUGGCGCAGUGGGAGGAGGAGAAUGAGGAAGACCCGGAGGUGAAGGAGCUGGUUAAGAUGGAGGAGGAAGGGUUAGUGCUGAUGGACCCGAUCAAGUUCAGGCCCCGGAAACGGAAUCGGAUUCCGAUCCCGAAGGUGUAUAACAUCUACGAGCAGAACCGGAUCCGGAAGCCGAAGGAUCCGGACUAUACGGUGAAAAUGCUGGAAAAGAGACUGGCGUUGGCGCUUGGAGAGGAGCCGCCAACAAGGGGGGAGGAAAACGGGUCAGCAACGGAACCGGGUGUAGUUAAGAAAAAGAAGGUGGUUCGCGUGAGAGGCUUGGUGGUGAAGAAAAGGAAUCAGGUUAAGGGGAAGUCGCCCAGGAAAAAGAAGGGCAAGAAGGCGCCCAAGCAGCCGAACACGCUCUUUCCGGGCGUCGAGAAGAUGUUCUAACGUUGCCUCAACGUUGUAACGAGGCUCAGGGACAUGUCACGAGUUGAGGUCAGUUGAAAGAGUUGUUUGUAAGAGUUGACGGUCGGAGAUCGAAUCGCAAGUGAACGAUGUGGUCGGAUGCAUGCCCGCCCUACUUUGCAAGAUACCGGAUCCGUCGACGGCGGCCAGGGGUAAUCCUUGCUUGCUAAGGAUGCGUGUCGUUCCCAG